CUUAUCAUAAAUUAGCAGCUCUAACUUUCUAAACCGAAACAAACCAAACCAGAUCACGCGCCGGUCUCCAUGUUGCCGCCACCGCCCAAAAAAUCCCACCUAAAGGAACUAGCCCCAGAAAGCCAAGGCUUGAACCAACCAUUGUUUCAAUGCGCAGUCCUGAUCCUUCCAUGGCUGACCCCUCAAGAACUGGCUACCAUCUCCCUCACCUGCAAGACCCUUCACCAACUUGCCCGUUCCCUCACUCUCCACCGCUCCGUCGACGCUUCCAGAUCCUUUGAAAACCUUCCCAUCCCGUUUCAUAACACAGUCGAUCAAUACCCAUAUGCCUACUUCAUCUACACCCCUUCUCAAAUCAUCCCCUCUCCUUCUUUUCCUUAUUUACAGCGUCAAGCUUGGGGACCCAACAGCUUACUGAGUCAACUCGGUCCCAACUCGUCGCAAGGUCAGGCCCUUUCUGGGUCGAGCUCUUCGGAUGCUGAAAUGGGUUGUGCUUAUUUUCAACAGAGUCGAGUGGCUGAUUUUUCGAUGUGGGUGAGUGUGGUGGGCGAGUCGGCGUGCGUGUGUGAGAGGUGUUUAAAGGUGACUGAAGAUAAUGUGAUUGGAUGUCCGUGCAUGGAGUUGGAGGGGGCCGAGUGGAUGGGGAUACUGAGUGAGUGUGGACCGAGUUGCCGAUGCGGGUUGGAGUGUGGGAAUCGGCCGAGUCAGAGAGGGAUACGAGUUCAGUUGAAGAUUGUGAGAGAUAUAAGAAAAGGGUGGGGCUUAUAUGCUGCUCAAUGGAUUCAGAGGGGGCAAUUCGUCUGUGAGUAUGCAGGUGAGCUUUUGACAACCAAAGAAGCUAGGAGGAGGCAACAAAUCUAUGAUGAACUUGCUUCAGGCGGUCACUUUUCUUCUGCUCUUCUAGUUGUGAGAGAACAUCUUCCAUCGGGGAAGGCAUGCUUAAGGAUUAAUAUAGAUGCCACGAGAGUCGGAAAUGUUGCUCGCUUCAUUAACCAUUCUUGUGAUGGUGGUAAUCUAUCGACAGUACUUGUGAGAAGCUCGGGAGCUUUGUUGCCUCGUCUUUGUUUCUUUGCUUCUGAAGACAUAAAUGAAGAUGAGGAGCUCACUUUUAGCUAUGGGGAAAUUAGAGUCAGGCCUAAGGGCUUGAAAUGUUUCUGUGGAAGCUCUUGUUGUCUUGGAACUUUACCUUCAGAACAUACUUGAAAGCACCCAAGCUGUCAUUAAUAGAAAGCAUUGCUGCACAAUUGCUGGUGAUGUUCACAAAAGGUAUAUUGAUUGUCUAAAUGUAUAGCUAUGCCCAAUUGAUGGGCUAAUCUUCUGUUGUGUCUUUCCAAGAGAACCAUGCUAGAGCCUUUGCUUUUUGAUAGUACAAGGAGAGCACCGCGACUUUAAAUUUUAAAUGUUUAAGAAUUCUUUACUCAAAACUCUAAUCCCUCAGUGUACUCAAAAUUGAAGUUCUUCCUUUUGACAGCAUAAAUUACCUAGCUUGCUAAUUGUACAUGAAUAGCAACAACUUGUGAUCUUUUUCUCUAUCUGUUAACUGUUAAUUGUCUCAGAAAAUCUACUCUGUCCUGCUCUCUUGCUCUUCAUUUCUUUUCUCAAAUACAACUAGAAUAUGUCUGUUCAAAGAUGUCAUUUGUUGUAGCUU